AUGUCGAAACUGAGACGGAGCAUCUCUGAUGUGUUCCGACACAAGAAGACCUCUUCAUCACGAAUAGAAAACCUCCCACCAGUCCCCUCGCUCAAUUAUGACCGGUAUGUCGCACGAGAUUUGGAAGAUGAAGAUACGAUUGCCGCCAUGGGCCCUUUUGUCCAAGAGGAGCAUCAACUGCAAGAAGCAGUCAUGGAGUCUCUUCGAGACAGGAACGCGACUCUCGAACAGGAAAAGAACAGACAAACCUCGAAAGCUCUACACCUAGAGCAGCAAAUGCGUGUGAAAGCCGAUGACAUUGAACGGUUGAAGCUACGUCUGAACCACUUGGAGGUCGAUAGAUCCAGGACACAACAAUCUGAGGCUACAAUCCAGAGGCUCGAGAAUGAGAACCAAACGAUAAAGCGAGAGCGCUUACAACUUUCGCGACAGACGACGGAACUAAAGCAGAACCUCAAGGAGUACCAGGUAUACGUUGUCAAGAUGUCUGAAACUCAAGCUCAACUACAAGAAGAGAACCGCGACCUCUUGGAGACGAACAAUUCUCCAAUUGAAAGAGUGCGGCAAGAGAAAAUUACCCUGAAGAGGAGGGUGAGAGUUCUUGAGAAAGGAAUGGCAGACAAACAGGCCGAGUACGAGAAACAGGACAUGGCUCUGGUUGAACUGCACCAGCAAAAGAGUGGGAUAGAAGAGGAAAACAAGGAGCUGACAGAUAGAAUGGCCAUCGUGGUACAGGAGAUUGAGCAUGCGAAAACUGUGGUUGAACAGUACCAGCGGCAACUUGAGCUGCAGCAACAAACACACGAUAGGGAGAUACAAGAAGCACUGCAUAAUCCGUGGAGUAGUCCCACGCCGAGAAUGAUUUUGAUCAAUGAUCUUCUCUCUCAAGUGUUCCCAGAAGCUUCGACUACUGUGCAGACUGCUCAGGCUACCCAGUUCCUGCAAUCUUGUUCCAUGGCUACACUAACUGAGACUCUCCUCGACCUUCACCUCAGCUCGCAGCAAGCUCGGAAGUUUGCAGAAAACGCAUCUAACAACCCUCUGGCCCUUUUCGUCUGCGAUAGUCCGCGUCAACGAGUUCUUGAGAUCUACGCAGCCGACAAGUUGUUGCUCCAAAUCGAUAUGCAAAGCAUGUUACUUGAAGUCAUUGACGAACGCUCUGGAAUCUGGCUGGUGGCACAACUUGGGGUCCAGGAGUUGGUUGAGGUGUCCAAUGCCGAGUUGUCAGCAUGCUUUGCCUCUUACUCAUCGAGGAGCUCUCGAAAAUCUUCUCCGGCAGCUGGGGGAUAUGGACACAGAAAACAAGAUGGUGAUUGUGAAGAACCUCGACCAAGUGACGAAGCAUUGCAGGUUGCAGCCGAUUUACAUACACAGCUUGCAACAGUCGGACGAAUGUACUCGUUGUUUGACCCGGUGCACGCCAACAGAGAACCAGACGACGCUGGUCGAAUCCAGCCCUUCAAACCAGGCAGGAUCCAGAUGAUCAAGGUCGACCACGGAGUGUCGAGCAUCACAGCACCGCUAUUCAUGCGCUUCAUCAAACGCCAACGAACGCCGAAGGAAUGCGCUGUCUGUACUGACGAGUUCUUCGAUAUUUGCUAUAAUUCGGUGGAAGAGUGGAUUGAUCUGUGUGCGGGCUUCCACGGCGAGUGGAUGUGGAAGAUCCUCUUGUUUCCUGUCAAGCUGGGCUCUGAGUGUGGUCACGAGAUCGACUUUUGUACUGUUUGUUUACAGCAGCAUCUUAAGACACAGCUGCAACAACAUGGGCGGAACAGAUGUGAUCAGCUGGCGUGUCCUUCGGAUGGUUGUGCUCGUCGGUUGUCUUAUGAGGAGAUCCGCCUGUACGCAGAGGAUGAAACAUUCGCGGAAUAUGACCGGUACUUGAGCUUGAAUACGUUAAGUCGCCUCCCUAGUUUCAGAUGGUGUCUAGGCCCAGACUGUUCCAAUGGACAGCUCUAUGACGACGAAGGAGUAAUGGACCCUCGUAUUCGAUGCGAAGAAUGUGGCUUCGAGAUGUGCUAUAAUCAUUCUAUUCCAUGGCACGAGGGCCAGACCUGUGAGCAAUUCAACAGCGUGAGGGAGCACGGCGAUCCAGAAUUCCAGCAGACGCAAGAUUGGAUCACCAACAACACGAAGCCAUGUCCAAACUGCAAGGAGAAUAUCCAGAAGGGCGAGUACUGCUUCCACAUGACCUGUGAGUUCCCAAUAUCCUCUGAUAGGGUGGCUGUAAUGCUGAAUACGGAGAAUAGGUUCGAGCUGCCACUUUGA